CGCUGUCUUCUCCUCCAGUCGAGGCGGGGAGAGCGUUGUGAGCACUCUUAGCAGAAAAACUUGGAUUAUCCAGUGCUCAGGCGGACCACUGAAGUCUCCUCAGCUAGUGUGUCCUCUCUUUUUUUUUUGGCUCAACUCCUCGCUCAGACGGAUGGCUCCUGCAUCUCUGGCUGCUCGUAGCUCUCUUGUCUUACUGUGCUUGAGCUGAGGUGGCUGAACGGUGUGCGCGCUGAUGCCGGGGGGAUCUCUGACAUGAAUAGUGCCUGUCGAAGCAGUUGCUUUGACUGAUGGUGAACGUUCCAUCUGAGGAUCGGAGCUCGAGACGCACGAAGAAGCCUGGAAUCAAGAGCAGAGGAUCGUAACAGAUGCUUCAGAAAGCGGGAGCUGGAGUGUAACAGCGAGUGAGGAAAAACAAGGAGCAGCUUCUACUACUAAGGAAAAAGCAAGGAGUAUUUUUGAAUAAUAAAGCAGACAGCAAGUCAACAUGGAACACUAAGAGUGUUUUUUUGAGUGCUUUUUCUUCUCUCUCACUGCCAGGCUUGUUUUCUGUUCAGCAUCAGCUGCUCGGAGCCGGGGCUCUGCCUUCAGGACCAGCUGUGCUCCUGCUCUGUGUGUUUCUGAGGGUUGGUGGGUGUGUGCAUUGGAGUGUAUAUGUGUGUUUGUGUGUGUGUGUGUGUGUGUGGAGCGAUGGCUGAAGGCUGCAGCUGCCAGUGUCCAGCUUGAGCAGCCGGUAACUAACACGUGCUACACGAAAUCAACCUGGCACCAAGAUAGUCAGGUGACAGCACGGACAAGGGCAAGACAAGGAGUAUGUGUUACUCGGUUUGCUCCCAUGGAUGAAAAGGUUUAAGCAGGAAGAGACUUUACUGAUUACUGAUUACUGAUUCGCCAAGCUCUGUUUGUGGGUUUGUGGAUGUAAAGCACAAAGUGCACAGAUGUUGACACGUACGAAUCUGUAACUUUCCCAACAUGGAGCAUUUGCACAGAGUUCACUGGCCGUAGGAACACGACCCAGACCCUGUCCCCUUCUGGAUCUUAUCAGGACCAAAAUGUAUCGCGCCAAGCCUGCUUCUGUUUUCUGCUUUGUUUUUAAUGAAAGCCAAUGCAGCCAGGUUUUGUCCAUUCAAGCCAAAAUCUUUGGAUCAGUGUUCCUCCAGGAGCAGUGUUUGAGAUUUUGAUUUUCUGCCCCUGAGGUGUCCUUUACAUUCUCAGAGUGGCGUACUUGGGGGGAAGUGUGGACUGGAGUAUGACCAGCUGUCACUACCCGACGCCGCGGCCGGAGCGGGACCGCAUGUACCAGCACAAAGUCUCUCUGGUGGUGCGCUACUUUAUGAUCCCCUGUAACAUCUGCCUCAUACUGCUGGCUACAUCCACGCUGGGCUUUGCUGUGCUCCUCUUCCUCAACAACUACAAACCUGGCACCCCUCCGCAUGUCCCACCUCCUGAUGGCUGCCGGGGAAAGCUCUGUGGCUUUGGCGCAGUGUGUGAAAGAGACCCUACUGACCCCUCGAAAGGAGAAUGUGUGUGCAAGAAGAUGGUGUGUCCGUCUGUGGUGGCACCUGUGUGUGGCUCGGACUCCUCCACCUACUCCAACGAGUGUGAGCUCGAGAAGGCUCAGUGCAACACUCAGAGACGCAUCAAGGUGAUGCGCAAGGGCCCGUGUUCUCUGAAGGACCCAUGCAGCGAGGUGACGUGUAGCUAUGGCAGCACCUGCAUCCAGUCUUCUGACGGCCUCUCCGCUAAGUGCAUGUGUCCUCUGAGCUGUGAUCACGUGCCCAAGGUGACAGUGUGUGGCAGCGAUGGCUUGGACUACCCCAGCGAGUGUGCUCUCAACAUGAAGGCCUGCUCCACCAACAAGAACAUCCGCCUCCAGCACGUCGGCUCCUGUGAUCCAUGCCGCAUGCACCAGAACAGCCUCAACAUAAUAUGCGUGUAUGACGCACAGACCCAAAAGACUCAGACCAUGUCCCCGCCCUCGGCGUGUCCAUCGGGCCCCGAGCCACUGUGUGCCAGCGACGGGAGGACCUACAACAGCGAGUGCCAGAUGCAGCGCACGGCUCUGCAGAAGGACCGCCAGCUGAAGAAGGUUCACUCAGGGCCCUGCAAGAAGCAAGAGGAAUGCCAGGAAGAGUGUAAGUUCAGCGCUGUGUGCUUGUUGGAGCAUGGAAGGGCACGCUGCUCCUGCGAGCCAAUCCGCUGUGAUGGCACCUACACUCCUGUGUGUGGUAACGACGGCCACACGUACCCUAACGAUUGUGAGAGGAGGCGUGCCGAGUGCCUCACCCAAAGCACCAUCCGCAUCAAACAGCAAGGGCCCUGUGAUCUGAACGUGCCAAGCCCAUGUCUGAAGAAGACGUGCGAGUUCGGGAGCUCGUGCGUGGUGAAGAACGGCGAGGCCGUGUGUGAGUGCUUGGAUACAUGCCUCCAAGCCUCCGACCCCGUGUGUGGCAGCGAUGGGCAAACCUACACCAGCCAGUGCCAGAUGAAUGCCAUCGGUUGCACCCUGCAAAAACACAUCCAGAUAAAGCACAAAGGACCUUGUGAUAAGGCCUGCACAAACUGCUCGUUCGGUGCUAUCUGUGACGAGCAGACCCGCCGCUGCGUGUGCCCGAAGGAGUGUGUGGUCUCCAAGCAGCCCGUGUGUGGCAGCGACGGCACCACUUACAUGAACGAGUGCGAGCUGCACGUACGCGCCUGUACCCAGCAGCUAGACCUCCAUGUGGUGGCGCAGGGAGAAUGCAAGACCUGUGGCAGCACUGUGUGUAGUUGGGGUGCCCGCUGCGUCCAGAAUAAGUGUGAGUGCCCUCAGUGUGUGGGUCAGCCCACUGCACAGGUAUGCGGCACUGACGGCAUCACCUACGCCAAUGAGUGUGAACUGCGCUCGGCGUCCUGUAGGCAGAAGAAGAACAUAGAAGUGGCGAGGCCUGGAAGCUGUGACGAAGACUGCGGGUCUGGAGGCUCAGGCUCCGGGGUGGAGGCAUGCGAACAGGAACGUUGUCGGAGAUUCGGAGGCUCAUGGGAUGAGGACAGGGAGGAUGAAGGCUGUGUGUGUGACUUCACUUGCCAGAACGUGCCUCGCAGCGAGGUCUGUGGGACAGAUGGGAAAACCUACAGCAAUGAGUGUGAGCUAAAGAAGGCUAGGUGUGAGAAUCAGGUCGAUCUGCAGCUUCAGAGCCAAGGCCCAUGUACAGCUAUUGUAAAGAAUCUGUCUGAUAUGAUCACCGCAAUACACUGCAGCGAGACUGUGUACGGAUGUUGUAAAGACAACAAGACUGCUGCGCAGGGUGUUGAAAUGGCGGGAUGUCCCAGUAAGUGUCACUGUAACCAGUACGGCUCGUACGGAGGAACGUGUGACCCCAGCACAGGCCAGUGCUCGUGCAAGCCCGGAGUCGGAGGUCUCAAGUGUGACCGCUGUGAGCCCGGCUUCUGGAACUUCCGCGGCAUUGUGACAGAGAAAGCGAGCGGCUGUACACCAUGUAACUGUGAUGCAGUGGGCUCAGUGAGGGAUGACUGUGAGCAGAUGACAGGCCUCUGCUCCUGUAAGACCGGAGUGAAGGGCAUGAAGUGUGAUGUUUGCCCCGACGGCAGCAAGAUGGCCGCCAACGGCUGUGACAAAGGUCCCCAGGUGUUAUUGUCCUGUGCCGAGCUGCAGUGCCAACAUGGAGCAUCAUGUGUGGAGGCGAACGGGCAGGUGCACUGCGAGUGUCCGUCUCCUGACUGCGACCAGAUGAACAAGACCAAGGUCUGUGGCACGGACGGUGUGACCUACGCUGACUAUUGCCAGUUGAGGACUAUUGCCUGUCGGCAGGAUAAGGAAAUUACGGUGAAGCACUUAGGCCAGUGCACAGAAUCCAUCUCUGAGCUGGGGGUCAAGCCCACCCCCCUGGCCUUCACUCCACACGCCACUCCCACUGCACCCGUCAAGGUCACCCCGACACAUCAUGGCCUCACCACCACCCCAUUCGACUACGACGAGGAGGACGGCACAAACUCUAAAUUGGAAGUUGCUCCUCCGGCCCUGGAGUCAUCCACGCCUUUCCCCACCCACAGCCCCCCAACCACUUCUCACCAUCCACCCCGCUCCCAAUCACCCUUCUCCGGCUUUGAGGAUUCAGGCAGUGGGGAGCCCAGUGGGGAUGACGACACGGAGGGUAGCACAGUGGAAGCGAGCGGAGACGAGCCUGUUGGUCCCACUGUAGCAGCCACCACUGUCCCUACAGUUGAAGUACGUUCGUCCUGCGAUAACACACCUUUUGGUUGCUGCCCCGAUGGCAAGACCAUUGCUGUCAGCCCAGAUGGAACCAACUGCCCAUCCACCAAGCGCUUUACCGGCUUCCUGCACCUGGACCAGGUAGAGGGUCAGGAGGUCUUUUACACUCCAGAGUUGGAUGACCCCAAGUCAGAGCUGUUUGGUGAGACAGCUCGCAGCAUCGAGAGCGCUCUUAAUGAGUUGUUCCGCAAGUCUGAUGUACGGAAGGACUUCCAGAGUGUCCGAGUGAAAAAUCUGGCUCCCAGCAACUCCAUCAUGGCUAUAAUAGAGGCUCACUUUGACCCAGACACUAGAUUUACAGUAGAGGAUGUCGGGGAAGCAUUGCUGAAACAGCUUAAGACAGCUAAAGAACCUGGCAUUGUAGUGAAACAACCUGAGGAGGAAUAUAUCCGUUUCACCAAUAAUGGUCCCUCUGAUCUUCCAUUCUUCACCACCACUGCUACCACUGUUGCCACUUCCACACCCACUAUCGCUACCACCAUCACCACAGCUAGAAGCAUCAUGCCCCCUAUCACAACACGCCAGCCAGCCACCACCAGACGGCCCUACACCACCCGCAAAACCAGCACAGCUGCCCCCGUCACCAGCACCCCCACACAGCCCGCCACCACCGCUUCCACCAGCACUGUGUCCUUCCAGACCCGACCCGUCAUCCAGCCCAGCAAAGCCCCAGGGCCAUGCGACUCACAACCCUGCGGCCACGGAGGCACCUGCGAGGAGGACGGUGAUGAUUUCACCUGCACCUGUCCUGCUGGAAGAGGGGGAGCUGUGUGUGAGAAAGUGAUAAAGUAUUACAUCCCGUCCUUUGGUAGCAAAUCGUACCUGGCCUUCCCAACCAUGAAAGCUUACCACACUGUGCGUAUUGCCAUGGAGUUCAGAGCCUCUGACAUGACGGGUAUACUCCUCUACAACGGCCAGAUCGGCAAGAAGGACUUCCUCUCUUUGGCUUUGGUGGAAGGAAAGGUGGAGCUCAAGUUUAACACCGGUUCUGGAACCUGUUCAGUGGUCAGCAGCGUCACAGUGAAACCUGGUCACUGGCAUCACUUAGUGGUAAUCCGUAACAGACGCAAUGCUUCACUCAGUGUCGAUAAUGAGUCGCCGGUCGAGGGCCAGAGCCCAGCAGGCACCGACGGACUCAACCUGGACACUGAUCUUUUCAUCGGUGGGGUGCCUGAAGAGAUCUUCCAAGACGUGAAGGAGAGGACCUCAGUCUCCACCGGUUUGAUCGGCUGUAUCCGCCUCCUGGAUGUCAACAACAUGGUGUACGACCUUCAGCAGAACGGGGAUAAUGUUCUGUACGGCACAGCCGUCGGCGAAUGCGGUAACAACCCCUGUCUGCCCAACCCCUGCAAAAACGGAGCCUCCUGUCAGAUCAAAGGGGCUGAGAUGUUCCACUGCAAAUGCAUUAAUGGCUUCACAGGUCCAACUUGUGCCGAUUCUCACAACCCGUGUGAGUCGAACCCGUGCCACCCUUCUUCUCAGUGCCACGUGCUUCCAGAGGGAGGUUACAAAUGCGAGUGUCCCAUGGGCCGCGAGGGCAAGCACUGCAGAAAAAUAUCGGAUAAGAAGGGGGCCUACAUUCCCUUCUUCAGCGGCGACUCCUACCUCGAGCUGAAGGGCCUCCAUUUAUACGGUCACGAUCUGAGGCAAAAGGUCAGCAUGACUGUGGUCCUGCUGGCUAAUGACUCAAACGGCAUGAUCUUCUACAACGGCCAGAAGACAGAUGGCAAGGGCGAUUUCAUCUCCCUUGCAUUGAAUGAUGGCAUCCUAGAGUUUCGAUAUGAUCUGGGCAAAGGGCCAGCCGUCAUUAGGAGUAAAGAGAAGCUCAAGCUGAACGUAUGGAACACGGUGAACCUGGAGCGAGCAAACCGUAAGGGAGAAAUCACUAUUAAUGGCAAAGACCCAGUCAGAGGAGAGGCUCCGAACCAGCACACAGAUCUCAACCUGAAGGAAUCCCUUUAUGUGGGCGGAGCACCAGAUUUCCGUAAGCUGGCCAGAGCAGCGUCAAUUAAAGCUGGAUUUAAGGGAGCCAUCCAGAAGAUUACUUUGAUGGGCACGCCGAUCCUAAAGGCCGAUAACGCUCUUCACUCCAGCGACGUGUACAUGUACACACACCACCCUUGUUCCACAGAUGUGUGCGAGAAUGGUGGCGAGUGCAAUCCACUGCUAGAGAGCUACGAGUGUGUGUGUCCAUUCGGCUUCACGGGACCACACUGCCAGCACACUACCUACGAGAAAGCAGCCGGAGAGUCCGAGGCCAUAGCUUUUGACGGACGAACAUUCAUCGAAUAUCACAAUGGAGUCACCAAGAGCCAACUGACCAAUGAGAUCCCUGACCCUGAGUCUUUGGAGACCCCAUCAGAUCAGAGUGAGAAGGCCUUGCUGGUGAACAAGUUUGAGCUGAGCAUCAAAACUGAGGCCACUCACGGCCUCCUCCUGUGGAGUGGGAAGGGCGUGGAGCGCUCUGACUACAUUGCGCUGGCCAUCGUGGAUGGACGUGUCCAGAUGACCUAUGAUCUCGGUUCCAAACCAGUAGUCCUGCGAUCAUCAGUGCGGGUCAACACAAAUCAAUGGAUCCGCAUUAAAGCCAGCAGGGCGCUGAGGGAUGGAUCUCUGCAAGUUGGCAAUGAGGCAGCAGUGACAGGCUCCUCACCUCUGGCUGCCACCCAGCUAGAUACAGACGGUGCUCUUUGGCUGGGUGGUCUUGAGGAUAUGGCUGUGGCCCGCCGCCUUCCCAAGGCCUACAGCACAGGCUUCGUGGGCUGCGUGAAAGACGUGAUCGUAGACGGCGUGGAUUUGCAUCUAGUGGAAGACGCCUUAAACAGCCCCAAAAUAUUACACUGUUCAGCCAAAUAACCUGGCACCACCUCCCUCCCAACACCAUGUCUACUGCUGUAAUUAUUUUCUAUUUUUGUAUACUUUUCAUUGCUUUUUAUAUUGGAAAAAAAUGGCAUUGUUUUAAUUUUGGUUUGUUUCCAUUAUAUAUAUAUGGUUUAUUUGGAUCUGCGCCUCCAUUUAUCUACAGUUUUUUUUCCCAAAUUGCAGUUACAUGGUGUCACAAGACAAGAAAAUAUGUAUUAUAUUUGUGGUGUUGUUUUUAGAACACCAAAAAAAAAAAAUCAUUAUCUUGCUCAUUACUUGAAAUGGUGAAUAAGGUAGGUGCUGUUUGUCCUCUCUCGACUGCCUUCUCUGGGUGCCAUAAUUUCCUACGUUGUAGUACACCAUGUACAUUCCACUCAGUCACUGCUGCAGGUAAUGCCUAUUAUUUCGAGCAGCGUUUUCCGAACAAAGCAUGUGUGACUUUUGGCUUUAUCAACAACAGACUGUCACUGUUAACUGAGCUGAACAAGUGUACGAGUCCCAUUAGAACAGUAACCAGGGUCCAGCCACAUUGCUCUUAAUGUUUUUAAGCUCCUCGCUAAUACAGAGCUUCAGAGCUUGUCAACAAAAAAAGAAAUUUGCAUAGAUCUUCAGAAAUGUCUGAAAUAUCAAGCUGAACUCUCAGUAACUGACACGUGAGAUGUUAUCAGUAGAUAGAACAAUAAUACAUGAGACUGUGAAUAAUGAGAAAAAAUCUUUCCCAUCACAAGCAUCCGUCUCAUGUGUUGUGCGCCGUAUCUAAUCCUGAAGAAUGACCACUUGCUGCAUGCAACCUUUUAAAUGUCAAGUUCAUUUUGCCUUGGUUUAUCUUGUGCUUUCUUAUUCCUUUCAGGGCAUAAACUGAGUUUGGCAGGUUGCAUUGAAAUGUAUAUGUUUCUUCUGAUAUGAGGGUUUUUUUUUUUUUUUUUUUGCUUGUUUGUUUGAUUGGUUGGUUGUUUUUUUUUUUUUCUGAGUUUGGGUGAAUGAAACGAUGGACCUCAUUUUAUAUGUAUCAGUCUGUCAUGCUCUAAAAGCAAGAAACGCUUGCUACACUAGUCUCUACCAUGAGGAGGCACCGUAGCACAAGGAGAUGAAAUGGGAGCGGCAGGAAACAGAUGACAGCAGGGCGGUUGCCAGAACACUGAUAUGUCCUUGGAAUUUUCAGUCAUUCCUGAUCUCGUCAGGAUUUUCUUCGAACGUCGCUUUAAACAAUACCGUCAGCACUUGCAUCGGCAAAAGGGACGUCUAGACCCUUGCAUUUGAUGUCUAGACACUUGCAUUUUCUGACUGGGGUCCUGGAUCAGCUGGUAGAAUAAGCAAACGUAUCGAAAACAAUAACAAAUGAAACAAAAUAGUAAUAAUAAUAUUAUUAAUAAUAAUUAUAAUAAUAAUGCAUGGGGUUUGUUAUAUGAAAAUGAUUUUUGUAACAUGUUUGAAGACAAAUGUGAUGCGAUUGUUUGUACUGCUGACCUGAACAUUGUACGAAAUACUUUUAGUUUCAAUACAAGUCCAAAAACUAAAAAUAUAUGCUUGUUCAUAGUAAAGUAUCAUGUUAUUUUGUGGAGAGAAAACUAUAUUUCUUUCAUUUCUUUUUUUCCUUUCAUUUACUUUUCUUUCUUUUUUUUUUUUUUUUUUUAAAGCAGUGAGACAACCGAAAUCGUUUUAUAUAGCCCUAUCACUAUGUAAAUGAAUAAAGUGCAUUUGUGGAUUUUUUUUUUUUUUUUUUUUUUUUUUUUUUAGUAUCAUACACUGGAAGCAAUUCUAACUUGUCUGUUCAUUUCACAUAUUCUGUUCCUGGGGAGAAAAAGAUCACAUAUUGAUAUAUACUGAUUUACAGUGAGGGGAUUUCAAGUGUUACAAACCAAAACUCAACAGCCCAGUAUUUCUGCAUUAGCUGAACAUCUAUCCUCUGUUACAUCCUCAUCGGUUUAUUGUUAUCUUUUCCCCUUCGUGUGUAAUUCUUUUUUAAAACAUUGUUCAGUGGCUGUGUAACAAAAGGGACCUCCUGCAUGCUUGGAGGGCGCUGAAAGGACAGAGUGCUGGGCUCAUGAAGAUGGGGCGCACGCAUGAACAUCCACUGUCUGGAUGGGAACUGUCUGAGAAAUGCCUUAAACCCAUCUUCACUCACCGGUGACAGAGUCAACGUCUUUAAUAAUCUACUCCAUGCUCUCUGUUUAGCCACUAUAUUAGCCACAUCACCACAUCAUGUAAAUGAAUUCAUAGAUAUUAAUAUUUGUAUUAAUACUGUUUAUGAGAAUAUCCCAGAAUGCCUCAAAAAAAUAGAUGUUCUGGACUCUACAGAUAGAAUAUUUACUGUAUAAAUGCUAUUUUCAAUAUCUAUUUAUGUCUUUGAGUGGAUUCCAUUACUGGCCUUUGUAAACUACUGUUUUGAUUAAAAUAUACCUGAAGGGCAGUGCUCAGAAUGAGAGUGGCAUGACAUUCCCAUUACUAACUUUAUUACUUGUGUCUUGUGUUCCCACCACCAUGAAAUAAAGUGUAAAACAAACCGA